AUGAAGAAGAAAUCCGUCUACACGAACAUCACUCCCAUCCCCUCCCACAUCCCCCGUCAGCUCGCCAUCGACAUGCUGCACAGUCAUGGCGAGAUCAUUGAACUCAAUCCCCUCGUGAUCGGCUACAAACCCAUCAAAGCCCCUCAGACGGCCCCCGCAGAUGAGUUUUUCUCGACUUGGUAUGAGAUCAAUGAAAGAAUCCAAUACGUGCCGGGGAUCGGGAAAGCUGGCGCAGGCAAGAUCUCGUUCAAAGGAUGUUUCCACGACAUGCCGUGGGGACUACAGACACACGUCUAUGCGCCCAUGGGGGUGGACUUGCGCAACAAGUGGCAGAUCCGGGGCAACCAGCCCGGCGAGCCGCCCGAGUCAAGGGAGUUGGGAAGCAAUGCCCCGCCCGAAGGCCUGUAUUUGCGCGAAGAUAUUGAGAUCAAGUGUAACCCUGCCAUGGUGUCUUUCGUGAAGAAGGAGAUGAAGGCUGCCUCGAAGACGAUGGUGGACCGUCUUGUCAAGAAGGCCGAGUUGAUCGACUCGGGUGUUCUCAGCGCGAUGUUUGAGCAAGGGAAACUUAAGACCAUGAACCCGGCGGACCGGUCGCAAACAUUCCAGCAGCAAGGCCAUUACUCACCAUCCUUGCUCUCUCCCAUGCCUCAGUCUGCAUAUCCUCAGUCUGCAUAUCCUCAAUCUGCGUAUCCUCAGUCGCCCAGCAUGCCCGGGUUCCAACAGUCCGCGUAUACAAGGCAAUCAACGUACGGGGGCACGCCCAGUCCACAGCCACAACCUGCGCAGAUGUCGCCUGCACAAGGCCUCGCGAUUGAAAUGCCCGGAAGCACACAUUACCUCCAACAACCACCACCAAUACCACAGCAGUUGCACCCGAAUCAGCGGUUCUCGUCCGCGGUUUCGGAGCUCUCGGCCAGCUCACCGAACCAGAGUGACUUUCCGCACCAGAGCAGCCAGUCAGAUCGCCAGAGCUACGCAGAGUCCGUGAGCUCCAUGCCAAGCUCUGUAGCCCGGCCCGGUGGCAUGGCAUCUCCAGGUAUCGAGAAGCGAACGUUUGUUGCUGAAUUGCCGGCCAACCAUGGAUCUGUACCGGAGAGGUCGCCCAGAAGUCCUGAUCCGAAUUACAUGUCGGCGCAACAGCAGCAGCAGCAGCAAUACAGAUACAAUCCUCAGGACUACGCGCGCAUGUCGUGA